AUGGUGAUAUCAACAUUUUACGUCAACUUAUAUUACCAGAUAACAUCAGGUGAAUAUAUUCAAAUGUCUGGUCGUGCUGGUCGUCGUGGUAAAGAUGAUAGUGGUACUGUGAUUCUAAUGGUUGAUGAAAGUAUGACCAGUGAACUAGCUCAUCAAAUUAUGAUGGGUCCACCACCCCCACUAAAUUCAGCUUUUCAUAUCACUUAUAAUAUGCUGUUAAAUUUAUUGCGUGUUGAAGAAAUUAAUCCAGAAUACAUGAUGGAGAGAAGCUUUUGCCAAUUCCAAAAUUUUGCCAGUCUUCCUAAUAUGUAUAAUGAACUGAAUGAAUUACGUGCCACUUAUGCAUCAACUGUUGUUGACGAUGAAGAAUCCGUAGAAUCCUAUCAUCAAAUUCAAUUAUGCUUCGAUGAACUAGUUGGACAGCAGUGGCAGUAUAUAAGACGUCCACAGUACAUAGUACCGUUUCUUCAACCAGGUCGUCUUGUUAAAAUUGUUGUUCAAUCCAUCUCGUACGGAUGGGGAGCUGUGAUCAAUCUGAAAAAACGUCAACGUAAAGAUAGAUCAUCUACACCUGAAUCAUUCUAUAUACUUGAUUGUUUAUUAUGCACAAAUCCAUCUAGAUCGAAUGCAGAUGAAUCUGGUUGUGAUGUACCUAGUGGGAAUGUAGUAGAUAACUCGGAAAUUUCAAAUUCAGUUACUGCUACUAGUAGUGAUACCUCAUCGAUGGCUGAGAUUAUACCUGUACGAUUAGAUUGUGUUGUUGGUAUUAGUGCUGUACGUUUAGUUGUCCCAAAUGAUCUUCGUUCAAAAGAGGCUAGACAAGGUGUUUUAAAUGCAAUUGAAAAGGUGAAAAUACGUAUGGGUGGUAGUUUGCCAGUUUUAGAUCCUAUUGCAGAUAUGCACAUUAGUGAUCCACGAUUCCUGGAAGUAAAUGAGAAAGUUACUGCUUUUCAAGAGAGACUACAGCAUCAUUGGCUUCAUGAUGACCCACGUCUUUCAGAACUUUCAAAAGUUUAUAGAAAGAAAGAGCAACUUCGCAAACGUAUCGAUGCUCUUACAGCCAAUCUGAAUAGUAAAGUUUCUUUAAUUCAACUGGAAGAACUAUCGGCUCGUAAACGUGUAUUAAGACGAUUAAAUUUCGUUUCUGAAUAUGACGUAAUCGAGUUAAAAGGUUGUGUAGCCUGUGAAAUCACCUCAGCAGAUGAGUUAUUAUUAACAGAACUUUUAUUUGAUGGGGUAUUCAAUAGACUGUCAUCUGAGCAUAUUGCAGCAUUACUUUCUUGCUUUGUAUUUGAGGAAAGAGCUUCGGAAAUGCCCAAAUUAACUAAGGAAUUAUCUGAUGCUCUGCGUACAUUACAAGAUACAGCCAGACGUAUUGCACGUAUUAGUAACGAAUGUCGUCUUCCAGUUGAUGAAGAUAAUUACGUGGAUUCAUUUAAACCUCAUUUAAUGGAUCUUGUUGAUGCAUGGACAAGAGGAGCAUCCUUUGCUAGCGUUUGUUCUAUGACAGACUUGUUUGAAGGCACAAUUAUUCGUACAUUGAGAUUACUUGAAGAGUUAUUACGGCAAAUGGCCAAUGCAGCUCGAACAAUUGGUAGCAAUGUUUUGGAAAAGAAAUUUGUUGAGGCUAUCGAAAAAAUCAAACGGGAUAUUGUUUUUGCAGCUAGUCUUUAUCUUUGA